AUGAGGGUAAAUAAUACAUUGAAUGAUGGUGUAUUAAGCUUUCUACCUUUAUCUUCUACACAACUAUCAGAUCUAUCAGACAUUUGCAGACUCGACUCGCGCCCCACGCUCCCGGCCCUUGAGGAGGGCCCGCCUCUGGUGGCCUUCCCCUUGCCGCCAAAGGACUUCCCGCCCCCUCGCUGGCCUCCCUACGUGUGUGGUCCACCUGGCCCAUUGGAACGACGUUGCAUUAUCUUACUUGUCGUCAUCGCGUUUGCCGUAAAGUACAGCUUCCUGAAAACUCUCAUACCUGGAUGUGCCCCAAAUGAAUUUAGCACCUACUACUGUCAUUAUAGAUUGAUAAAUUCUACACCUGAAAAUACUACACCACAUUUAUUGUUUGGAUUGACGCUGCCUCCCAGAUCUUCUUCUCACUCGGCCCAGGAUUCGGAACGCUCCUGGCGCUCUCCAGCUACAACAAGUUCAACAACAACUGCUACCGGCCUGGACAGCACGUUCGGCGGCCUGGAGGCGAUGAUCACGGCGCUGUGCGACGAGUACCCGCGCCUGCUGGGCCGCCACCGGGAGCUGUUCGUGGGCGGGCUGCUCGUCUUCGUCUACAUCUGCUCGCUGCCCACCACCACUUACGGAGGCGUGUACCUAGUGAAUCUGCUCAACACGUACGGGCCCAGCAUCUCCAUCCUGUUCGUGGUGUUCGUG